UAUAUCUACUCUAUUUUCUAUUUAUAAGUGUUAUACAGCAGAGGGUUUGUAGCCUCGAUCGAACCCCCACUCCGGUCACUCCGAUCUUCCUCACUUUGCUCCGGCGGCGGUUACUCACCGUGUUGAACAGAAAAAUCGUGUACAAUGAGACUGAGAUAUGCUAUGGUAUGCUCCUCAAAUCAGAACCGAAGCAUGGAGGCUCACUUUCUGCUAAAGAGGGAAGGUUUUGAUGUUUGUUCGUAUGGAACAGGGACCCAUGUUAAACUCCCUGGUCCUUCGUUAAGAGAACCGAAUGUGUACGAGUUUGGCACCCCUUACAAGCAGAUGUUUGAUGAACUUAGGCGUAAAGAUCCUGAACUCUAUAAGCGUAAUGGUAUCCUCCCAAUGCUGAAGAGGAACUUGGCGGUAAAAACUGCACCUCAGCGCUGGCAAGAAAAUGGACCGGAUGGACACUUUGAUGUUGUGUUCACAUUUGAGGAAAAAGUAUUUGAUAUGGUUGUUGAAGAUCUUCAUACUCGUGAUCAUGUUCUUCUGAAACCUGUGCUGGUGAUAAACUUAGAAGUAAAAGAUAACCAUGAGGAGGCUGCAAUUGGCGCUCGCCAAACUUUAACAUUGUGUCAAGAGCUUGAAGAAACUAAUGGUUGGGAGGAUGUGAUCGAUGACCUUAUAUCUGCAUUUGAGCGAAAACACCGCAGAAAAGUGGUGUACACAAUCUCCUUCUAUUGACUUAGCGUAUUCUAGUUUCGAAAAUUCUUGGCCAUAGAUGUCUCGAUCUAUUUUGUUUGAGACACGAGUGUUUUCGUUUGAUAGCCGUUCAACAAUCUAGUUACAUGCUGCUGGGAAAAAGUGUGUUUGCGUCAUGUGCUUUGCCCCAACAGACAACACAUCGUUGUAUAAGUUCUCUAAACUGAACCGGUUUUUGGUUUGGUCUACAAAAUGCGUCAUGUGCUUUGCCCCAACAGACAACACAAGUAAUGGUUAUGGUCUAUAAAAUGCGUCUUCUAUUCAGUAGCCAA